GUGAAGAAGAGCCGUAGCGAAGCCCCUCGGCUAACCUGAUCGUGUUAUUGAUCACAAUGUUGCUGUAGAUGGAAGAAAGAUCGUUUUUCAAGGAGCCACGCUGAUCUAAAAACGGAUUUAUUAAAAUGGCGGGCGAGGAGGAGAGGGAGGUGGUUCGAGUCAAAGUAAAGAAAAGUGACGGAGUUCUUCCUGUGGACUUCCGCUCCUUUGCUGUGGACCCUCAGAUCACGUCGCUGGAGGUGUUGCAGCAUAUUCUCAUCAAGGCCUUUGACUUGAACGGGAAGCGGAAUUUUGAGAUCAGUUACAUGUCCCGAAGUGGAGGCGCUGCGGAAAUGUUCCUGACGUUGACGUCCGACGGGGAUUUGGAUGUUGCCUUUGCCAGCGCAGCCAAGCCGUAUCUGCAACUCAAGAUGGACGUGAAACCUUCAGAGGACAGUCCCGUCAUGGAGGACUGGGACAUCAUCAGUCCUAAGGAUGUGAUUGGUUCGGAGCAGCUUCUCGCAGACAGGACGAGGUCUUUGGCAUCUGCAGCACUUCCUUUCACCCAGACUUUAAUCUCCCAGGUUGGUCGGACGUUCUCUCGAGUCCAGCAAGCUUUCAGCUGGUCCUACGGCGAGGAGAUCAAGCCUUUCAAGCCACCUCUGAAUGACACUGAGUUUCAUAGUUACCUCAAUGGACAAGGACAGUUGACACGGCCCGAGGAGCUAAGACUGCGGAUCUACCACGGCGGUGUGGAUCCUUCUCUACGAAAGGUUGUUUGGCGCUACCUCCUUAAUGUCUACCCAGACGGACUGAGUGGGCAGGAAAGAAUGGACUACAUGAAGCGGAAGACAAGGGAGUAUGACCAGCUGAAGAACGAAUGGACAUCUCACGUCAGUCACGAGGAUCUUGAAUUUAUCCGAGGGAACGUACUGAAAGAUGUCUUGAGGACAGACCGUGCCCAUCCCUACUACGCCGGCUCCGAGGACAGUCCACAUUUGACUGCCCUCACAGACCUGCUUACUACCUUCGCCAUCACGCAUCCGCAGAUCUCGUACUGUCAAGGCAUGAGUGACAUCGCCUCCCCUAUACUUGCCGUUAUGGAUAAUGAGGCACAUGCCUUCAUUUGCUUUUGUGGCAUUAUGAAACGCCUGGAGGGGAACUUCCGACCCGACGGACAGCUGAUGUCUAUUAAGUUCCAGCAUCUCAAAUUACUCUUGCAGUACUCGGAUUAUGAAUUCUACUCUUACCUGGUUUCCCGCGGAGCUGAUGACCUGUUCUUCUGUUACCGCUGGUUGCUCCUGGAGCUCAAGCGAGAGUUUGCUUUUGAUGACGCUCUAAGGAUGCUUGAGGUUACUUGGAGCUCCUUGCCUCCUGAUCCUCCUGAAACUGAAGUGGAGCUGCGGGGAGCGCCGUUGCCGUCGGACAAAACGACGCGUUUCACAAGCAAGAAAAAGCCCGCUGACAAUCGACUUGAGCAAGACUGGGAAAUAAAAGAGAAGCAGCGUAGGCAACAUAUGCUUCGGCCCUCGAGAGAAGAUCCUGAUGUGGUCACAGCAGCGGCAGGACCUGGAAGUAGUGGUGGUCUUUCUAAAGUCACCCCAGGCAAGGCUGCUUCUUCUAUUGAGGAGAGCUUUGGAGAGUUUAAAUACUACACUGCCCAAAGUGAGGAUGGCUUCGAUGGGAAGGAUGCCAAGCAGCAACAGAGUUUGAUCGAUUCACGGUCGUCACCACGCAUUCCAACCCGUCAGUCCACCACUGACAGUGAGGAGGAUCCUGGAGAAAGAACCCCUUUGAUCAAAUACUGUAACAAUGGCUUCCCUCCAGACUCAUCACAUCCCAUGUCCUUCAGUGGUCCACCAGUCUUGAAGGCUGGCCCUGCAUCUCAUUCCUCUUCAGGCUUACCUUCCAGUUGGUCAGGUGCUACACCGGAAUCUCCUCCGCAGACCACCUUUGGAUUCGUAACCAAUGGAAGAGAGGCCUUAUCAAGAACUGUCCCAAAAGUAAUCACGUCUCCUGCACAGUUGCUCAGGAGUACGGGUUUGAACUUGACCGCCUACCCUUCUGUAAAAACAACAUCUCACUCCCAUGCUCAAAAUCGAUCCUUUCUCUCCUCACCAAUCUUGCCUUUCGGGAGGGGUUCGUCACAGGCUGGCUCCAGGCCCUCUUCCAACAUCCUGCAUUCUCCUAGCAACAAACCCUCGAGCGCUGCGGUUCACAUGGACACCUCGCCAAAACCGGAGGCCAGCAUCAAACCGUGUUCGCUUCCACCUCCCCAAGAGUUCGGGAAAGGCAAUCCUUUUAUGCUUUUUUUGUGCUUGUCCAUUCUGCUGGAACACCGAGACCACAUCAUCAAGAACAGCCUGGAUUACAACGAGCUCGCCAUGCACUUUGAUCGGCUGGUGCGGCGCCACAAUCUCAGCCGGAUCCUGCAACGCGCCAAGGCCUUGUUUGCGGACUACUUGCAAAGUGAAGUGUGGGACUCGGAGGAGGGCGAUGAGGUGAGCUCGGACUCGCCAACAUCUGCCACCGCUGCUCAAUACUCCCCACCUUUACCCAUCUCCGCGCGGCCCAUUUAUAGUCCGCUAGCGUCCCCUCAGUCUUCAUCUCAAAACUCCACCUACAACCUGGCAACAACUAUUCCUUCACCGACACUUUCCCUUUCCUCCUGACUCGCACAAGUAUCCCUAGCUUGGCGUUGUCACUAUAGCUUCUCAGCCCAUCAGAGGCGGGGACUAUUUUUAGACCACCUCCCACGUGGGAUUUAAUGCUCGACAACAUGCCGCAUACGGAAGACUCAUGUACGCCUCGUCAUAUUUGUGGCUCAGUUCUCUGGCCCUCGCUUCAAGAAAGUACGAGAGGAUUGGAUCUCUUGAGGUUGACGACGCAUGCUUACUAAUCCCUGCUUUUCCACAGGAUCAUUUAUUUGAAAUAAGAAAGCUGAAGCAAGCGCUCGUUCAUGUCAAGUCCAAACUCGCUAGAUCUGGGGUGUCCAAAGUUUCCAUUUUUGGUCCACAGCGGCUUUUUUAAUGGCAGUCUCUCCAGGACUUUGCGCUGUCACAAUCAUCCAAAUUCAACCAAUCCCUGUCAAAUAAUGAUGCGCGGCCUCACCACUUUGUCCAAUGCCUUCAACUUCCCCCAAUAUUUCGGCCAAUCAGCCUCUAAUUUGUCUCCGAACUGUCUGAUCAAAACCUAUCUAUAUUUCAACUAUUUAUUCCUUACAUGGCACAAUUGUUGUCCUCCCGCAUAGUUUAGCGCUACUUCUGGAUCCCGUCUACAGUGCUAAGCCUUCUGGGUAAUAAACAUGCUCACUUCCUAACUAACAUAUAUUUAUAUCAUACUUGCCAACCUUGAGACC